GAUAAGUUACUAUGUCACAUGAAAUAGGUUCAGUUAUUAGGGUUUCACUGUCGCUAAUAACCUAAUUAACUACAAAUCGUUGUAUUGGUGGCCAGUCAACACAAAGCAUUAAGCAAUUUCAUGCAAUAGAGAUUGGAGGAAAAGAAUCAUGAAUCAAUCCUUCAAAUCAAGAAAUAGCUACAUCCUAUGGUGUUUCCCCCAGAAAUCGGUGUUUAGUUCAUGACGAAAAUAAGAUAAAUCAAUAGGGUUUUGUUCAUCAUGUUCUAAAUCAACAAUACACAACUAGUUCGGUCUAGAAAAUCCAACCAAAGUAAUCGCUCUUGUUGAACUCAGCUCAAACCUUGGAAAAACUGAUCGCCAAUCGAUAAUCGCCCGAUGCUUUGACAAGCUCCGCUGCGCUUUUUCUUCUGUCCUUUUUUUGUUCCAAGGGUUUUCUCUCGCCUGCCGCUUAAUUCCUCCCCGCCAGCUGCCUUUUUUCUUUUUCCCCCCGAGAUUGUUCCGCCGCCAGCUUGCAAUUCAUUCCCUUCCUUUAAUUUCACCUGUCUCUCCAAUCAAUUGCCUCUCCUUAAUUCCGCCGCCAGAGAAUUCGCGUCCCAGCUCGCACAAAAUCCAGUCCAAUUAAUUGGACUUCCGUCCAAAAACCCUGGCCCAAUAUUCUUUCCUCCCUCCAAAUGAUAGUCCGCCACAAUUAGUUCCCCUGGCCCAAUUGCAAGCCGCCAGCCCGUAACAGUUAAUUGCCUCCAUCAAUUGGGCUUGACCCAAUUACUUGUUGUGGAAGAAACAUGGAUCCAAUUCCUCCCGCCAUCUCCUGCUUCGGAGGUUCCACUGCUGCUAUUUUAUCCAUCUUUUCACCUAAACACACACCAAAACUCCAACACAAAAUGGUAAUGGCUUUUCAACCAUUACGGAUUAAUUCUCCCUAAAAUAGCACCAAUCGGCUUACACAUACCAUGAGAUAGUCACAUAAAACUCACAAAUCCGAUAUAUUAAAGCCGAUUAUCACCUCUUUGCAAGAAGGAGAUUUCCCUCUACCUAGAUCAAAUUGGCAUAAUAGUUGGAAAUGCAAAAACACAACACAACCUUCAUGAAAAUACCUCAAAAGUUAUAUUAAAACACAACCACACACACCAAUCAUUCAAUCCAUACAAACAUUCACAUAAUUCUAGCUAGGUUUUACAAACACCCAAGUGAAAGAAAGAACUACUCCAUACUCAGAAGUGGGAUUACUGAUGACUCGGUAUUUGCACAUGUUUUCCCCUUUGUUUCUUGAUUGUUUGAGCUUGAAUUAUUGCGUCUUUGGCCUAUUUUAUGCUAGGUUGUAUUCCUUUGUCCCAUUUCAGGUCCUAGCACAUAAAGUGAAGUAUAGGCGCAAGUUUCAAGUCAAUCAGAGAUCAAUUGACGAUUCGAGAGAAGAAACUCGGGCAUGACCUGAAGAAGAAUGGAUUUCUACCUCACUUUAUGGACAAAGAAUCAUGCAAGCUUGUUAUGAAACGAAAGAGGACGAGACUACGAGCGUCUGGGAUCAAACGGCGAUUGAUUCGGAGUCCGGAUGAGGGAGAAACGAAGCAUUAAACAGAGGCUGAGCAAGCUGCACGGGCAGACCAGGGAGGCUGCACGGCCGUGCACGUGAGCAAUAUGGCCGUGCGCCAUAUGUCGAGGACACGCACGGGCAACCCCUGAAGCUCGCACGGCCGUGCACCCUGGCCGUGCGAGAGGGCUGAAGUUCGACUAAAUGACACGCUGCGUUUUGAGUUGCACGGCCAGAAUGGUGAUAUGCACGGCCGUGCACCCUGGCCGUGCGAGUCGGGAUUUCCUGGUUUUAAGCCAAAUUCAGAACCAAAGAAGAGGGAGGGCUGGGUUUUGGAUCCCAAACACCCAAGGGACGAACCCUAGAGAGAGAGGGCGAUUUGAGGGCAUUCUUGGAGUAGAGAAGGAGGAUUUCUUCGCCUUGGAAGCUCGAGGAACAAGCCCGGACUUGAAGACUGAUCAUCUGAAGAUUCUUACUGCAGUCUCUCUCUUCUCUAUGGAGUAACUUCCCUUCACUUAGGUUUUGAGGAACCCUAGCUAUGUUCGUUUGAUUGGAUGAUUGUAUGAGUACUCUGACUGGAUAAUCUUGAGUUCAUAUUCAAUCUAUGCAUGUUUUCAUGAUUCAAUUCUGCUUUAGUCGAGAUUAUUGAUUCUGCUUUGAUCCUAUGAGAGGGAAUACCUGAUUAGGUCAAUAGAGCACCAUAGAUUGAUAGUAGUGGAUCGAUUGCUUUAGUCGAGGGUUGAUUCACUGCUUUGUAUCGAUUGAGAACCCCUUUCGAUAGAGGGAGUCUAGUUCAGAACGCCUUGAUCAGUUGUUCUAGAGAAGGAUACGUCCCUCUAGGCAAUUGACUCAAGAGGGCCUUGUUCCUUUAGUCGAGACUCAAGGUCUAGUCAAGGAUUCUCCGCAUUGUGAAUGAAAGUGAAACAGGUUAGAGAUCAUCAAUCAUUAAUCUGGCUAGUGGCUAGGGGGAAUCAUACCUAAGUGAGUUCCCAACCUGUAAUUAGAUUAACUUUAACUGUAGUUUGCUAGAGUAGUUUUAGUUCUUUCAUCUUAAUCUGGUUUGCUAAAUAAUAAACUGAAGUUGAGUAAUAGUAACUCUAGAGACCCGUGGAUUCGAUAUUUAUCACUUGAGCCACUAUACUGCAGUCCCUUCCAUUGGUUACACUUGGCCUUUGUUAGGUGUUGUGUUUUAGCGAGUCAAUUACACAGAGGAGAAGAGAAGAGACCAUCAUGAGAGGGUUGCCUUCUUUCUUUGGUGUGGAGAUCAACCUUUGAGGACGAGAAUCCCAAAUCUUAGAUCUUGGAUGAAACCCUAACUUCUCUUCUCCUCUUCUCUUAUUCGUCACUUUCUCACUCUAGAAAUCUGAAGAAGAAAAAGUUUCUCACACUAGCUGCUCCCCCUUUUCUCUUCAGCUCAACCCUCCUUUUAUAGCCAGAUCGGUGAAUUUUCACGGUCCCAGUUCACGACCGUGAACUAUUGGUUUGGACAGUGAUGUUCUGCAAAAGCGUGUUGUUUCAUAAAGGCUCUUCACGGUCUGGAGUUGAUUAUCAUGGUCUACUGGCCGUGAACUGCUGAAUACCCGCGAAACGGACGAAACCCUCCCGGACUCCUCGCGCUUCGCGAUUCGCGCCUUGUCUUCACGGUCUAGCUUCCACCCUGAACUACUAUGUUUGCUCCAUUUCGACCGGUUUUUUCCCCUUUUCGUCCAACUUUCGUUCCAUGGGUUGAUUUCACCUGCUAGGAUCUGAAACAUACUAAAAACAAGCACAACCUAGCGUAAAACCGAACCCCACGGAGUAAAAGUGUCUCAUACAUCUAAGGAAAACAUUUAUAAAAUGUGUACAAUUAGAACCUAAUUAAGAGUCAAAAUGCGU